CUUCGUGUCCGUGGUGGUUUGACUUCGACUCCGUCUCGCGCUCCCCGUGGCUCUCCCUUCAUGGCGUCUCCGUGGGCGAAUUCUACCGUCACUGUUGGUGGAAAGGGUUCCUCACUCUCACCUUCGGCAGUAUAUGCCGUCUCCCACGGCGUAUCCUCCGUCAGUAUUGACCCCGCCGCCCUUGCGAAGCUCUCGCAAUCCAAGCGGCCGUCUCCGACGGGCAGAAUUCAGGAUGACCCUUCAACUCCGAUGUCGUUGACAGCGGAGGAGUCUCGCGCCGCCCUCGUAGUUCUUCUGAAUAAGCUCGUCCUCUCCGACGCCGCUGUCCGCCCCGGCCUCCCCUCUCUCAUCGUGGACACGCUAAACCUUGCGUCUGGCCUUGAAAGACUCGAUUUUUGUUCAGCUCCGAGGUUUUGGGACUCGAUGGCCAUGUUGAAUGCGAGGAAUCUGGAUGAGAUUCAAGUCGGCCGUGAGGAGUUUGGUAUUUUCGUGACUUCGUGUGCAGCAUCGGUUGGUGUCUGCGCGAUCUUGGACUGCUGCGCCUCUGCUCUUGUGAAGGUGGUGGACGCCGUGGCAGCGUUGUCUUGUGAAGCUGCUCGCGCUGAUGUCUCUGCGUUAGAUUUGUUUGGCUCCGGCGAUGGAUUCUCGAUGAAGGAUGAGACCGAUGUGGCAAGCGACAUGAAGACAUUGCUAUUUGGAUCGAAGCUUGUAGGGCAGAAUGAUUCUUCGCCUUUCAGUGAGAUUCCUACCGUCAAUGGUAGCUUCAGGGAGGCUCUCAGGUUAUUCCAUGGACGAACACGAGUUGAGUUGAAUUCCAGUGUUAAGGUCAAGAAGUCAAUUGUUAUUGCAAAUCACGGAAAGGAGAAAGCUUUUAUCGCGUCAGUCUUGCCACUUGCAAUGUCAAUUCAGUCCUUGUGUGAGAGUAGCUUUGGCCGAGCUAAAUCUUCUAUUAAUAUUAUCAGUGAUAGUAGCUUGCGCUCUAGGGUUUCUGAGGUUUUUGAGAAAGCAUGCUCAAAUUUAGAUGAUCUGAGAGAUCAAUUUCACUCUGUGACAGAAAAGGCUGCCUCUGGAUCAAAUUCUGCACAUGUUCUUCACUCUGUGUAUGAUUUUUUGGUUAAAUUUAGGAAUGUUCUUGCUUGGGAGGCAGUAUUGGCAUUGUUUUCCCUAGAAAUAGAUGACUCAAUUGAGAGAGCUCAAGUGGAUUCCUCGAAGGACAACAAACUGAAUGGAGAUCUAGUGAAAGGCGAGAAGAGUGACAAGAAAAAGAAGAAGAACUUAGGCAAGGGGACUUCUAUCAUAAGGCAGCUCCUUAAAGGUAGUGCUUUGUGUAGCUCUGAGCUUUCUGCUGAAAAUAUUUCAGUGUUGGUUGAUUGGGCAUCUGAUCUGUCAAAAUAUUUCGAUCCCAUGGAUGCUAGGCUAGAUAAUCUACUGACAAGGGUUAAGGAAAUAGUUGAGACCAAUGAAGUCAGGAGACUUCCAAAGAAUCCUAAGGGUACACGUGAUUUUGGAAAGGAACAAAUGGCUAUUAGAGAGCGUGCAUUCUCAAUUAUUACAGGUGUUUUUAAGAUGCAUGGUGCUGUUGCUCUUGAUACUCCUGUGUUUGAGUUAAGAGAGACUCUCAUGGGUAAGUAUGGUGAGGAUUCAAAGUUGAUAUAUGAUCUCGCUGACCAGGGCGGAGAGCUCUGUUCUCUGAGAUAUGAUUUAACUGUUCCCUUUGCAAGAUACUUGGCCAUGAAUAAUAUAAAUGCAUUAAAAAGGUACCAAAUAGCUAAAGUAUACAGAAGGGAUAAGCCAUCAAAUGGAAGAUAUCGUGAGUUCUACCAAUGUGAUUUUGAUAUUGCUGGUCAAUAUGAAACAAUGGAACCUGAUUUCGAGGUUAUCAAAGUCUUGACUGAACUGUUGGAUCAACUUGACAUUGGCAGCUAUGAGAUUAAACUGAAUCACCGGAAGUUGCUGGAUGGGAUGUUGGAAAUCUGUGGAGUGUCCUCUGAAAAAUUUAGAACAGUUUGCUCAAGCAUUGAUAAACUGGAUAAGCAACCAUUUGAACAGAUCAAAAAGGAAUUGGUGGAAGAGAAGGGUUUAUCGACUGAAAUUGCAGAUAAAAUUGGCACUUUUGUGAAGAGAAGAGGGCCACCACUUGAAAUUUUGUCAGAACUAAAGGAAGAGGGUAGCCAAUUUUUGGAGAACACUGGCUCUGUUGUUGCCCUGAAUGAGUUGGAGAUUUUAUUCAAAACCCUUGAAAAAGCAAAUUGUUUGAACCGAGUGGUGUUUGACUUGAGCCUUGCAAGAGGCCUUGAUUAUUAUACUGGAGUUAUAUAUGAAGCAGUUUUCAAAGGAGCUACACAGGUUGGUUCUAUCGCAGCAGGGGGACGAUACGAUAAUCUGGUAGGGAUGUUCAGUGGAAAGCAGGUUCCUGCAGUAGGCGUCAGUCUCGGAAUUGAGAGAGUCUUUACAAUAAUGGAGCAACUUGAAAAAGACAGAAAUCAGGUCAUUCGUGCCAAUGAAACACAAGUCUUGGUAGCCAUCCUCAGCAAGGAUCUCACACUGGCUGCAGAGAUCGCGAGCGAACUGUGGAAUGCUAAAAUCAAAGCAGAGUUCGGCCUCACCAAACGAGUAAUGAAUCAUAUCACACGCGCAAAGGAAUCAGGAAUCCCUUGGAUGGUCCUCGUCGGAGAAUCUGAGAUAAGUAGCGGUAUUUAUAAGCUAAAGAACAUCGAAGCCAACCAAGAGGAGGAGAUUCCCAAAGAAAGAAUUGUCGAGGAGCUCUGCAUAAGGCUGUCAGGCCGAAGUACCAAGUGAUUCAGAGUAUGAAUCAAGCCUUGCGUAACUAAGAAUGAGCAUGCUUCUGUUUAAGCUUAGUUGAGCUCAACUUGUGAGUGCCAACUAGGGGUGCCAACGAAUCGAAUCGAGCCGAAUAUAUAGAAAAAUGUAAAGCUUGAAUUCAGCUCGAAAUAGGUAUAUUGAGUUCGAGUUCGAUUCGAAGUUCGAAAAAUUUAAAAUGUCUAAUUCGAGUUCGGUUCGAAUUAGGGCUUGGAUUCGAGUUCGGUUCGAAAUAUUCGAACAUGUUCACG